ACACCCAUCUAACCCAGACAACAUCCAACAUCUACCGGCCCAGAACUAUCGUAUCUCCCAUCAUCCACGCAACUCCUCAAUCUUUCAUCAAAAAGUCCUCCUACACUCCUGAUCGGUUUUCUAGUUCCACUGCAUCCUCCUUCCUCCCUCUUCAACUUUUCUUUUCUUUUCUUUUUUCCACCUGUUCCACCAGAUCUCAUUCAACGGUAUUUAACGGUGUUCUUCUCCCCCCCCGUCGUGUCUAAAAGUGAGAGAGCGAGAGAGAGAGAGAGAGAGAGAGAAACAGAGGCAAAAAUAGUUCCCCUGGCACAACUUUCCCUACCGUAUUGCCUGCUCAUUGCACCACCGCCCCAUAAUUCCACCACGCUAUUGCCUAGAAUUCGGACCCCCUCUUCCCACAACACCAGCACGAACCACCUCCUCACCAAUUUCACCUAUAAUAUCGAGCUCUCACAUACAAGGAAGAAGGAGAAAGUAGAAAACACCUCGCAAUAAAUUAAAACAGCAAUCAUGCCGACACCCAAUGAGACCCUUACGACCAUUCCUGAAAACAUCAAUGAGCUCACUCGUCCCUCCCGCUUACAGCUCGCCUGUCCACCUGAAGAAGGCCCAACUGUCUCCCGCUCGACUUCCGCUAUCCCCGCUCAAAACUGGCGACAACAACCCGCCGCCUCCCCUACUGCUCACCAGCAAGAUAUCAUGUCCCAACCUCAGCUCUCCCCCACCGGCAUGUCCGACGAUGAAGCGACCACCACUACCACUACUGCCGCCACCACACCCACGAGCGCCGUGGUAAUGAAACAGGGAGAUAUGGAGAGAGAUCUACAUUCUGAACCUUCGCCCUCUCUUGAGAGGAGGCACAUGGAUCAUCCGCAGGCCGCUGCGCCCCAUGGACUUCCCAUCACCCCCGAAUCCCCUUUUACGCCGUCGCUCUCUUAUGAGUUUUCUUCGAAGCGGGUAUGUGAUUUCUUUUUUACAUCUACCGGUAUAUAUCUCUUGCCGGCUAUUGUUAUUAUUAUUAUUAUUAUUAUUGUUUAUAUUGUUUUCAAGAAACUACCUUUGUAUCACAACUUCUUUGUCAUCUUGUUUGUGUAUCCUUUUGGGGUUGUCUUCCCGCUUAAAAUGAGCAGGUGUUUUUUUUUUUCUUUUCACACCUUUUCUGAUCUCCCUCUGCUUUUCCUCAACUACCCUUUUGGAUGGGUGGAGAUUCUUAUAUUGGCUGUUGGUCGCUGACUUCCGCAUUCUGUGGCGCGCGCUCGGCAGUUGUUACCAUCUUCCCCUUGCUCUUUCCUUCGCUCGGGCAGUAAAUUUUCUGGCAAACAGACAUCUGAUAGAUCUACCUACGAGGUUCAUGUCGAACUUAAGCAUGUCGAUAUGGCCGAGUCUUUUCUCUGUGGUUAUCUUCGCAUCCAAGGUUUGUCCGAUCCUUCCUUCUGAUCCUCUGGUUAUUUUUGUCCUUCCCGGGGGCUUGCGAGAGAUCUGGGGCGAUCUCGCACCAGAUUUUCCAAAUUACUUUUUUUCUUUUGAUUUUUUUUCCCUACCCUUCUCCUUCUUUGCCUGUCUUCCCCUGCACCAUGCAGCUCUUUACUGUGGUCCAAUUGAAGAUUGCUUCUAUCGCUCUUCUACUUCCCGGCCCUUUUUCCCGCGCCUUGCCUGCAUCACCGCUGUGCAAUAGCAAUUGCUGACAUGUCAGCGAAUCAAAAAAAAAAGGCCUGACAGAGGACCAUCCCACCUUGACGACCUAUUUUGAAGGUGAGAUGAUUGGAGACAAGUAUACGUUCCAAACCCGCCGGCCGGAAUGGGGAUCCAGUGAGAAGAACGAUUACCAACACUGGGCACGAUUUCCGGCAUAUCGUCCGUUGGCGAGCAAAGCCAAGCGUGCCGACUUCAACUAUAGGGGCUUCGAGCAAAAGGAGCACAUUUUCAUGCGCUGGAAGGAAUAUUUUCUAGUUCCCGACCACAGGGUGAAGCAAAUCACGGGGGCCAGCUUCGAGGGGUUCUACUACAUCUGCUUCAAUCAGAUCACGGGGAGUGUGUCGGGGAUAUACUUUCACGCCAAAAGUGAGAAGUUUCAAAAGCUUGAAUUGAAACAUGUCCAGGACAGGUGUUUCGGGGCUGUUGAGUUUCGGUAAAUGGUGGACAGGGGGGAAGAUUGAAAAGCGGAACAAGAAAAAAAAUCAAUCAAUCUGGGUGUUUCUUUGUGGAGCUUUUUUUUCCCCCCAUUUAUUUUCAGGUCAUAUUAUUCAUUUCCUUCUCUACUCAUUUUUUUCAUUUCUCUUUUCUCUUCUGUUCCCUUGAUUUGCUUUUUUUGCGUGUCGCUCCCUUCUUUUUUUCCAACCCCAAAGGGCGAUGACCCUUCGUGGGUAUCAUUGGCAGUGUGUUAAUCUACCGGACUUUGUGUGGAAUAGCGGGCGUGGAGUAAGUGUGGAUGGAAACCGGUGCAAAGGGAUGGGAGUCUUUUUGGGAAAUGUGCAUGGUGGAAAUGGAUUAUUUGAUCCGGUUUCUGAGGGUUUUCUAGUUUUUCGUGUUCAUUUUUUGCAGUGCGUUUUAUCUUCGCAUUUUCUUUUUUUCUUUUUUUUUCUUUCUAGCUGUUUCUUCUCCCCUUUCCUCCAUCUCCAUCACACGGGAUAUUCAGUCGUGUGUUCCUUUCCUCUCCCCCCUUCAACGAUUGAUGGCGUACUCGACUUUCUUUUGAUCCGGGGUUUGUGGCUUUAUUUUUUCUUUGAUAUGGCAAUUGUAGCGGUCGUUUUUUUACUCACAUGUGCACACAAACACCUCUUUGGAAUCGAUAUAUUCCCUUGGGAUUUGUAUUUUUUUUCUUUUUCCAUCGUGAGUUGUACAUAUCAAAAUACCCGUCAUCACCACUGCGCCUUGGCUCUCACUAUCGUCGAGUUAAGUUGUCGUGUAAAAAGGAGUUGAGUGAGUGAGGGGAAAUUGGUAGUGGUAUCGUGUACUACCUGUGGAUCAGGGGGUCGAUGAUGAUGACGACGACGAAUGGCUUCCCUUAUCCAACGUACUUUGCCUACUUUUGCGGCCUUAUCGUGCGCACUGUUGGGGGAUUGGAUGAGACUCAUGGGAGAUGACAACGGCAGUCCAGUGGUCGUCCAACGUUUGUUUUCUAUUUGGAAUUUCUGCCCACUUCGAUAGAUGACAAGAUGGAAAAGUGGUUAGUAAGAGAUUGAGAGGUGAAGAAAAGAGAGUGUGUGAGUAUGAAGGACAGAAGACAAGAAUUACGGGAAUUUUUCUUCUUCUUGUCUUUCCUUUCUUGCAGAGCAGGCUACCGGUAGUCUAGCUCACAGAUGAACUGUUGAGGUUAAAGGUUCAUCAUGGAACAAGGUUGCUUCACCUCCAAUUCACCUUCCCCAUUAUCUUCAACAUUACUGUUACCAAUAAAGUGCUUUGGUGCCUGUUCUUUAGUUACCUCCAGGGCCCUCCAGUAUUAGCAGGGACAGAUAGAUUUAUCUUUUGCCAUCGCCUGCCAAAGAAUGCCAGGGAUCAGGGAAUGCCUGACAGUACCGCACAGUACUACACCUUACUCUUCUCAAACCUCUUUUAUCGCGUUGAAUUGUACUGUACGGGUAUCGCAAUCAUAUUGUAAUCCCAGGUCACUCGCCAUAUCACGUGACGGCCAAGCCGUUGAAAGACUUUCUUA